AAGAACCCAAACCAUGAAAACCAGUCAUGCUCUCCAACUCACAUUGCACCAUUCCUGAAUUUGAUAAGAUUUCCCUUUGCCCCUACCCAAGCAUUUCAAAUUCAGCAAAUACCCUCUGUUACUCAGACUCCAUUAUUAUAGUCCCUACCUAAGGAUUUCCAAAUUCACCAAAUACCAGACUCCAUUAUUAUAAAACCUGCCCACUUGAACCACAACAAGCCCAGAGCUUUUUUUGAAGCCUUCAAUGGCGUCCAUGGCUACCUUCAUCGCCCAAACCCCCUACCCACAUCACUCUUUCCCCAAAAAGCUCCACACCCAUUUCGCCCCGACCCUCAAGCUCUCGCUCCGACCCGUUUCCACCCCCAAGACCCGCCAAAGGCUCCGAAUUUCUAGCGGGCUAAUCGAACCCGACGGCGGGAAACUCGUCGAGCUUUUCGUGCCGGAGUCGGAAAAGACCGAGAAGAAGAGAGAGGCGGCGACGCUGCCGAGAAUCAAGUUGUCAAGAAUCGAUCUUGAAUGGGUUCAUGUGAUCAGCGAAGGCUGGUCGAGUCCUCUAACUGGGUUCAUGAGAGAAUCCGAGUUCCUCCAAACUCUUCAUUUCAAUUCGCUCCGACUCGACGACGGGUCGUUUGUGAAUAUGUCGGUGCCGAUCGUUUUGGCCAUCGACGACGCUCAGAAACGCCAAAUCGGCGAGUCGACCAGAGUCGCCCUCGUUGAUUCUGACAAUAAUCUGAUCGCCAUUCUCAAUGACAUUGAGAUCUAUAAGCACCAUAAAGAAGAACGCAUUGCCAGGACUUGGGGGACAACUGCCCCUGGUUUGCCAUAUGUUGAUGAAGCCAUAACCAACGCUGGAAACUGGCUGAUUGGAGGUGACCUAGAGGUCAUGGAACCCAUCAGGUACAAUGAUGGCCUUGAUCGCUUCCGAUUAUCUCCUGCAGAACUCCGCGAUGAAUUCACAAAGCGCAAUGCUGAUGCAGUAUUUGCAUUCCAACUGCGGAACCCUGUGCACAAUGGGCAUGCUUUGCUAAUGACUGAUACACGUCGCCGGCUUCUUGAGAUGGGCUACAAGAACCCCAUUCUCUUGCUUCAUCCACUAGGAGGCUAUACAAAGGCAGAUGAUGUUCCACUUACUUGGCGCAUGAAGCAACAUGAGAAGGUUCUUGAGGAUGGGGUUCUUGAUCCCGAGACGACUGUGGUUUCCAUAUUUCCCUCUCCUAUGCACUAUGCUGGCCCUACUGAGGUGCAGUGGCAUGCAAAGGCUAGGAUUAAUGCGGGGGCGAACUUUUACAUCGUUGGUCGGGACCCAGCUGGAAUGGGCCAUCCAAUUGAGAAAAGGGAUCUAUAUGAUGCCGACCAUGGGAAGAAAGUACUGAGCAUGGCACCUGGACUAGAGCGUCUCAAUAUACUUCCUUUCAAGGUUGCUGCAUAUGAUAAAACUCAGGGGAAAAUGGCAUUUUUUGAACCCUCAAGGGCUCAGGACUUCAUUUUCAUAUCGGGCACCAAGAUGCGAACACUAGCAAGGAACAAAGAGAACCCUCCUGAAGGAUUCAUGUGCCCUGGUGGCUGGAAAGUCCUGGUGGACUACUACGACAGUUUGGUUCCUGCAGACAGCGGGAAAGUCCCAGAAGCAGUUCCUGCUUAGAUGGAAGCUGAUGUAACAUAUUGUACUCUGCUUCUUUUUGGGAGAAACCUUGAUAGCUAAUUAGUCUCCACUGUGUGAUACAAGGAUUCACCUUGAUAGCUAAUUAGUCUCCUCUGAGUGUGAUCAAGAUUUCGUAAGAUCUCUGCCCAGAUUUCCAAUAAAACCAUGUGAGGCACUGGUGCAGAGAAACGUUGGCCGCUUGCCUCAAUCUGUAAUUAGCGCCCCUAAUUGCAUCUUGCAUCACUGCAUUUGUGCAUUGGCGCAUUGUAUCAUAGUGUGAUUGCCUUCAAUAGAAGUGAGUUUGUGCAA